CUCUUACACAUAAAUGGUGGCAAAAACAAAAAAAAAAUUUUUGUUAGACCAAUUUUUUUAAAAGAAAGUACAAGUUGAAAUGGCUUAUACGGUGACUUCAACCAAGUCGUACAUGCAGGCCAUGGAGCCGAUGGAGGAGAUGCUUCAAUCAUUUGGAAUCAAUGGCCAAAUUGAAGGUAAGAUUGCCAAUUUGAAUGCAGAAACCAAUAAACUUAAUCCAAUUGAAGAUAUAUUGAGUCGAUUCCAAGGGGUGGACUCACGAUUGAUUCGUACUGUCCAUACGAGAGCCAGUUCUUCGGUGGUGUUACGAGAGAUUGAAAACAGAUGUCAACAGAUCUCCAGGCAGAGAGAUGGUGACAAAGAUGAAGUCUUGGAUAGUAUAAAGAGCAUUAUUGAGUCAACCAAUACCGAUGAAGAACUUCAAUCCAGUCUUUUCGAUAUUUUGGGGUUUGAAGAAAUUGAUUUAAUCUCGAAAAUUGUUCAAAAUAAGCAAGUUCUUCAAUUUAGUUCUGAUGUUUCUGUUGCUAAUUCUAAUUCUGCAACUCUUGACGGACAUCCACAUCUCUUAACGGCAGAGGAAAGAGCCCAACUCAUCAUAGACACCGCUAAAAGAACUAAAAACCAGAAACUUGCCCCAAGAGCAGCAAAUCAAUUGUAUCCUCAUGUGUACAAGAACCAGGACUUUAACAAUGCAGCCGUCGUUGGAGGGAAGUUUGCCCUCCCCGUGGGGUCCACCCGUGAAUCGUAUGGGACCUAUGAAGAAGUGGUGAUUCCAUAUGUGGAAAGUAAACGAAACAAAUGGAUAGGAGAUAAUGAACUUGUUCAUGUGAGUGGGUUGGACUUUUUGUGUCAAAAGACAUUCCAUAAUUACAAAACUUUGAAUCGGAUGCAAAGUUUGGUGUACCCUGUAGCCUAUAACACCAAUGAAAACAUGUUGGUUUGUGCUCCCACAGGUGCUGGUAAAACCGACGUUGCUCUCUUAACCAUUUUGCAUACCAUCAACCAAUUUGUCACUGAAACGGGUCAAGGUGACGAGAUAAACGUGGAUAUUGAUUAUGAUGAGUUUAAAAUCAUUUAUGUUGCCCCCUUGAAGGCGUUGGCGGCGGAAAUCGUCGACAAAUUUAGCUCCAAAUUGAGAUGGUUGGGUAUAACCGUCAAGGAAUUGACCGGUGAUAUGCAAUUGACAAGACAAGAAAUCUUCUCUACUCAAGUGAUUGUUACUACCCCGGAAAAAUGGGAUGUGGUCACACGUAAGCUGGGAGGUGACAAUGAAUUGGUCAGCAAGGUGAAACUCUUGAUUAUCGAUGAAGUUCAUCUUUUACACGAAGAUCGUGGAUCUGUCAUUGAAACCUUGGUCGCAAGAACUUUACGUCAAGUGGAAAGUACGCAACUGAUGAUCAGAGUCGUUGGUCUUUCUGCCACCUUACCGAAUUAUAUGGAUGUGGCAGACUUUUUAGGAGUCAACCGUCAAAUCGGGAUGUUUUACUUUGAUCAAAGUUUCAGACCAUGUCCCUUGAAACAAGAAUUGAUAGGGGUUCGUGGGAAGGCUGGGUCCAAAGUAGCCCGUGAAAAUAUCGACAAGGUUUCAUAUAACAAAUUAAUUGAACAUGUCGCCCAGGGACUCCAAGUGAUGGUGUUUGUCCACUCCCGUAAGGACACCGUCAAGGCGGCCAGAACAUUUAUCCAGAUGGCUCAGGCAAAUGGAGAACUGUCCUUUUUUGACACCUCACAGGAAUGUGAGAGCUAUGAGAAGUUUUCUCGAGAAAUGGCGGCAAAGAAUAGAAAUAAAGAUAUGAAGGAACUCUUUGCCGGUGGGUUUGGGGUACAUCAUGCUGGUAUGUUAAGAACAGAUCGUAAUUUAACUGAAAAGUUAUUUUUGAAUGGAGCUAUCAAGGUCUUAUGUUGUACUGCCACAUUGGCCUGGGGUGUGAACUUACCAGCAGCAGUGGUUAUUGUCAAGGGUACUCAGGUGUAUGAUUCCAAACAAGGUGGGUUCGUUGACUUGGGUAUUUCCGAUGUAAUUCAAAUUUUCGGUAGAGCUGGUAGACCUCAAUAUGGUGAAGAAUUCGGAACUGGUAUCUUGUGUACCACCAGUGAUAGGCUCGACCAUUACGUUUCGCUUAUCACGCAACAACAUCCGAUUGAAUCGAGGUUCAGUGAUAAGCUUGUAGAUAAUUUGAAUGCGGAAAUAUCUCUUGGUACUGUCACAACCGUUGAUGAGGCCAUCCAAUGGAUGGGGUACACCUAUAUGAUGGUGAGAAUGCGCCAAAAUCCAUUUGCAUACGGCAUUGACCGUAAGGAAUUGGAAUUGGACCCAACGUUGAUGAAUAAGCGUCAUGAUAUGGUUGUGAGUGCUGCCCGUAGACUUCAUCUGUUGCAAAUGAUUGUGUUUGAUGAACAAAGUGGAGCCUUCACCGCCAAGGAUUUGGGUAGAAUUGCGUCUGACUUCUACUUGUUGAACAAUUCAGUUGAAGUGUUCAAUCAAAUGGUUAAUCCAAGAGCUACUGAAGCUGAUAUUCUUGCCAUGAUCAGUAUGAGUAGUGAAUUCGAUAGUGUCAAGUUCAGGGAAGAAGAAUCCACUGAAUUGAAACAUUUGUUGGAAGAUGCAGCCCCAUGUCAAGUGGCAGGGACCGGGAAGAAACUUGAUAAGAAUGAAAAGGCUGACAAUGACUCUAUUAACCUGUCACCUGUGAAAACAAACAUUCUUCUUCAAGCAUACAUUUCUAAGGCGCUUAUUAAGGAUUCUGCCUUGAUUUCAGAUUGUAAUUACGUUGCUCAGAACUCGGCAAGAAUCUGUCGUGCCCUCUUUUUGAUUGGUAUCAAUCGAAGAUGGGGCCAAUUUCUGAGAGUUAUGCUUUCUCUUUGUAAAUCCAUUGAUAAGAGAAUUUGGGGUGGGUUUGAUCAUCCAAUGGCUCAAUUUGAUAAAAUUCCAGACCAUGUCAUGAGAAACCUUCGCUCUAAAUCACCAUCCAUGGAGAUGCUCCGUGACAUGAAUGCCGGUGAAAUGGGUGAUUUGGUUCAUAAUCACAAACAAGGAAGUGUUUUGAAUAAACUUGUUGAUCGGUUCCCAUACAUUGAAGUUGAUGCUGAGGUAUUCCCCGUGACCAGCAAUGUCAUGCGAGUUCAUUUGGACCUUCAGGCCGACUUUAUAUGGGAUGAACGGUAUCAUGGGAAUGCACAAACUUUCUGGAUUAUGGUUGAAGGAUCGUCAGAAACUGAUUCCAAUUUGACUAGUCAGCUUCUUCAUGUGGAACGUCUUAUGAUGAAUCGUAGACUGGUCAAUAGUGAUACCCCACAAGCCAUGGAUUUCAUGAUUCCCUUGUCUGAUCCUCUUCCAGCCCAGAUCGUGGUCAGAGUGGUUUCGGAUUAUUGGAUUGGAUCAGACUCAAUGCAUACAAUUUCUUUCCAACAUCUUAUUCGUCCCUCGAAUGAAACGGUUAGAACUAAUUUAUUACGUCUUCAACCCCUCCCAAUCAAGGCUUUACAAAAGGCAGAGAUUGAAAAAGUGUAUUCGUCUCGUUUCAGUUACUUCAACCCCAUGCAAACCAUGGCCUUCCAUUCUUUGUACAAUACCAAUUCCUCAGUAUUUGUUGGAUCUCCAACUGGGUCUGGUAAGACUGUGGUUGCUGAGUUGGCAAUGUGGCACGCAUUCAAUGAAUUCCCUGGCUCUAAAGUGGUUUAUAUUGCUCCAAUGAAGGCUCUUGUUCGUGAAAGAGUUGAUGAUUGGAGACAACGUUUAUGUGGUAAGAAUUCUCCAACUGGGUUGAAAUUGGUUGAACUUACCGGUGAUUCUCUUCCUGAGGCUAGAGAUGUCCGUGCCGCGGAUAUCAUUGUUACGACCCCGGAAAAGUUUGAUGGUAUCUCACGUAAUUGGCAAACAAGAAAGUUCGUUCAACAAGUGUCACUUGUCAUUAUGGAUGAAAUCCAUUUGUUGGCCAGUGAUCGUGGUCCAAUUCUUGAAAUGAUUGUCAGUAGAAUGAACUAUAUCUCAGGGCAAAGACAAAAGGAAAAGGAAAAAUCCGGACUCAAGGAUAUUCGAUUAUUGGGGAUGUCUACCGCUGUUUCCAAUGCAAUUGAUAUGGCUGGAUGGUUGAAAGUUAAAGAAGGGUUAUUCAAUUUCCCGCUGUCGGUGCGUCCUGUCCCUCUUCAAAUGUAUAUUGAUGGGUUCCCUGACAACUUGGCAUUUUGUCCACUCAUGAAAACCAUGAACAAGCCUGCGUUUAUGGCCAUCAAGCAACAUUCGCCAACCAAGCCUGUGUUGAUUUUCGUUGCCUCCCGUAGACAAACUCGUCUUACCGCCCUUGAUCUUAUCCAUUUGUGUGGGAUGGAAGCCAACCCAAGAAGAUUCCUCAAGAUCAAUGAUGAUGAAGAAUUAAGAGACAUUUUGGACAAGGUCAAAGAUGAAACAUUGAAACUUUCUCUUCAAUUUGGUAUGGGUCUACACCACGCUGGUUUGGUAGAAUCUGAUAGACAGAUUUCUCAUAAGCUCUUUGAAAGUGGGAAAAUCCAAAUUUUGAUUGCCACUUCAACUUUGGCUUGGGGGGUGAACUUACCUGCCCAUCUUGUCAUUAUCAAGGGUACUCAAUUCUUUGAUUCUAAGAUUGAAGGGUAUCGUGACAUGGACUUGACCGAUAUUCUUCAAAUGAUGGGGAGAGCCGGUAGACCUGCGUUCGAUACUAGUGGUACUGCCAUUGUAUACACUCGUGAACUGAAGAAGGUAUUCUAUAAGCAUUUCUUGAAUGUUGGUUUCCCCGUGGAAUCCUCGUUACACAAGGUAUUGGAUAACCAUUUGGGGGCUGAAAUUGCCGCUGGCACCGUUAAGACUAGACAAGAAGCUAUGGAUUUCUUGACUUGGACAUUUUUAUACCGUCGUGCUCAUAACAACCCCACUUAUUACGGGAUUGAAGAUACUUCAACCUUUGGAAUUUCCAAGUAUUUGGGUGGAUUAAUCGACACUACCAUUGAAAACUUGGUUGAAUCCAAGUGUGUGAUCACUGCUGGUGAGAACAAGUUGAUUGCAACCCCAUUCCUUCACAUUUCGUCGUACUACUAUCUUUCCCACAAGACUAUGCGUAACUUGAUUGGUAAAUUGACUCAAGAGUCGACUUUCAGACAAUGUUUGAGGUAUUUGUGUGAAGCUACUGAAUACGAUGAACUUGCCACCCGUCAUGGGGAAGAAUUGAUCAAUAUGGAGAUGUCGCAGGCCAUGAGAUAUCCCUUGGAAGAUUUGGAAUGUGAACAUGUGUGGGAUCCACAUGUGAAGGCAUUCUUAUUGCUUGAAGCGUACAUGAGUAGAGUGGAGCUUCCAAUUGUGGAUUAUGUCCAGGAUACUGUUGCUGUUUUGGACCAUCUGUUGAGAGUGUUACAAGCCUAUGUCGAUGCCACCGCUGAACUUGGCUACUUGGAAGCUGUGUUGACAUUUAUUACCAUGAUGAGAUGUAUUAAGCAAAGAUGUUGGUUUGAUGAUGAUCCAAUCAGUUGCCUUCCAGGGGUUCGUCUUCGUCCAAGAGUAGAUGAAUCAGAGGGUGUCAAAGUGACCACAUUGAAAGAUUUGGGUGGUAUGAACAACAAACAACUCCAUGGGGUUGCCAACAAGUUGGGGGUUUCGCGGGAUAGUAACACCCGGUUUGAAUUCAUCAAGGUUGCGUCAAGCUUACCAACGGGUAAGUUCCUGGUUGAACAAGAUUCAAACAGAUUGGUGGUUGAAUUAGCACAUGACAACGAGCCAUUGAACAAGGAAUUCAGAGUACAUUGUCCUCAUUUCCCCAAGGCUCAAAGAGAGUCCUGGUUUGUUAUUGUAUCCAAGGGCACGGAACUUCUCUUACUUAAGAGAGCGUCUCCUAAACUCUUCGGUAAGAAGGGUAAAGUUCUGUGUGUUUUGGAGAUUCCAGACGAAUUGAGGGGAGGUGGUGAGUAUAAGGUUUCAUGUGUCAACGAUGCACAAGAGUUACAAUAUGAACAAAGAAUUCAAUUGAAUUAA